UCAAACUACAGUCCAGGGAUUGGUUUCAGGGCAAAGCUGCCAUGAGUCUCGGGAGCCGCGGGCGGCCCCGACAGCGACCCGGGGAUCGGGGCCUCAUGCAGCCACCCUCUCUUUCCAAGCGCCGCCUGAUACCGCGAGUGCGGCUCCUGCCUUUGCUGCUAUUUGCGCUGGCCCUAGGCUUGGCUUUCUACAUCGUCUGGAACGGCUGGCACCCUGGGGUUCAGGAGCUGUCACGGAACCGGGAUCUGCGGGCCGCGCUGAUUGGAAGCCUUCCAGAAGCCAAGCUGCGGAGGGUGGUAGGGCAGCUGGAUCCGCAGCGUCUCUGGGGAACUUUCCUGCGUCCCCUGUUGGUUGUGCGACCCCCGGGUAGUCCUGGCAAUCUCCAAGUGAGAAAGUUCCUGGAGGCCACGUUGCGAUCCCUGUCAGCAGGCUGGCAUGUGGAACUGGACCCUUUCACAGCUUCAACACCCUUGGGGCCACUGGACUUCGGGAAUGUGGUGGCCACGCUUGACCCGGGAGCUGCCCGGCACCUCACCCUUGCCUGCCAUUAUGACUCUAAGUUCUUCCCUCCUGGGUCGCCCCCCUUUGUGGGGGCCACAGAUUCAGCUGUUCCCUGUGCCCUGCUUCUGGAGCUAGUCCAGGCCUUCGAUGUGAUGCUGAGCAGAGUCAAGCAACAGGCAGCACCGGUGACCCUACAGCUGCUCUUCUUGGAUGGGGAGGAGGCGCUGAAGGAGUGGGGACCACGGGACUCCCUUUAUGGCUCCCGGCACUUAGCUCAGAUCAUGGAGUCUAUACCACACAGCCCUGGCCCCACUAGGAUCCAGGCUAUUGAACUCUUUGUCCUUCUUGAUCUUCUGGGAGCGCCCAGUCCAAUCUUCUUCAGUCACUUCCCCCGCACAGCCCGCUGGUUCCAACGACUAAGGAGCAUUGAGAAGCGCCUUCACCGUCUGAACCUGCUGCAGUCUCAUCCCCAGGAAGUGAUGUACUUCCAACCGGGAGAGCCCCCUGGCCCUGUGGAAGAUGACCACAUCCCCUUCCUCCGCAGAGGGGUCCCCGUGCUCCACCUCAUCGCCACGCCCUUCCCUGCUGUGUGGCACACACCUGCUGACACCGAGGCCAACCUUCACCCACCUACUGUGCACAACCUGAGCCGCAUCCUCGCUGUGUUCCUGGCUGAGUACCUGGGACUCUAGCCUGCAGACUGAUACCUUGGAAGGAUCUUACACCGAGCUGGGGAUAUGACAGGGGCACCUUGAGCAGUGCAGGGUAGCCAGGCUCACCUCAGGUGUCUGCUACAACCAUCUCAAGUCACUUCAUUUCAAGGACAUGCUAGGAACACUGAGGGUAUGAGACAGUCAAAGGAACAGUUUUGGCUUCUGUCCUGAAGUAAAUGGACUUGUCUGGAAGUUCCCAGGGACCAAAUAAUGUGUCAUGGGCUGGCACCAAAUGAA